GGGGCGGGCUGAGGCGGACGCGGUGCGGGGCCCUGCCAGCGCCACGGCUCGGGCUGGGCUGGGCUGGGCGGUGGGUCCGGCAGCGAGCGAGCGAGGCGAACGGGAACCGGCGUUCCGCAGCUGUUCUCUCUGUCCCCGCCUCGCAGCGCGGCCUCAGCGGCCCGGCCCGGCGCAGCCAUGUCGGGGAUCCUGGGGAAGCUGUUCGGGACGGGCGCCGGCGGGAAGGGCGCCGGCAAGGGCCCGUCCCCGCAGGAGGCGAUCCAGCGGCUCCGCGACACCGAGGAGAUGCUCAGCAAGAAGCAGGAGUUCCUGGAGAAGAAGAUCGAGCAGGAGCUGGCGGCCGCCCGCAAGCACGGCACCAAGAACAAGCGCGCUGCUCUUCAGGCCCUAAAGCGUAAGAAGAGGUACGAGAAGCAGCUUGCACAGAUCGAUGGUACGUUGUCAACAAUUGAAUUUCAGAGGGAAGCCCUUGAGAAUGCCAACACUAACACUGAAGUGCUUAAGAACAUGGGCUUUGCUGCUAAAGCUAUGAAAGCUGCUCAUGACAACAUGGAUAUUGAUAAAGUAGAUGAAUUAAUGCAGGACAUUGCAGAACAGCAAGAGCUGGCAGAUGAGAUUUCAACAGCCAUCUCAAAGCCAGUAGGAUUUGGGGAAGAAUUUGAUGAGGAUGAACUCAUGGCAGAACUAGAGGAACUAGAACAAGAAGAACUAGACAAAAACUUGCUGGAAAUAAGUGGUCCCGAGACAGUACCACUACCAAACGUGCCCUCAAUAUCAAUACCAUCAAAGCCAGCCAAGAAGAAAGAGGAAGAAGAGGAUGAUGACAUGAAAGAGCUGGAAGCUUGGGCAGGAACCAUGUAACCACAGCAGCAACUGGCUGGGGGAAAAGAAACAAAACAAAAGACUUUGAUUACCUAUUCUGGGUGCAAAUGUGUUGUGUUGAGGAGAAAGCAUAAGCAAAAUGUCUUUAAUUUUAACCCAAAGCAGUGGGAACUGCAUUGCUGUUUUCUGCAUAGCAUGGUCUGCACAAGGGAAAGGAAGGGGAGCAGGGGCAGUGUCUGCAGUCGGGACGGUUGGAGUUCUCUGAAGAGGUGUUUGCAAAAUCAAACAUUCAGCUUUUGGACUGUGCUCCUGCCACUGCUGGAUCUUCAAAGUUUGGGCCAGAUUUGAAUCGAAAUAAUAAGCUGAACCCCUCCCUCCCCCCCAACUCUGUAAUUUUAAAGUCAGUUCAGUGUGUCUACAAGUCUCUUAGGCAUUUAAAAUCCAGGACAAGUCAUAAGCCACCGUUGGCUUUUUAUCGUGUCUAGGUGCAAGAAUGCUUUAGGUUUUUAGUUCUUUGCCAGUGGUAUUUCUAUCCCUUGACUGAUGUGUGGCCAGCCUCGUGUCUGUCACUGCAGCAGCCUCCUCACUGCUCCCAUUUGAAUUGGUGAUGAUGAUUUGCAGUUGGCAGAUGCUGCCUUGCGAGUAGGGAAGGGGAAAAUUGCAGCUGUACAUUUUUCUACAUGGCACUACGACCUUUAUUGCUUUUUUGUGAGAACUGAUAACCCAUCAGAUACAUGCACACAGUUAUUUUAAUUAAGAAACUACUAUGGAUUGCACUGUAUUAAAUAUCUUGAUUAAUUUUC